AUCUCGUAUGUUUACAAAAUCGAGUGAGAAGUUUUUCUGUCACUCUGUCAGUAACGAAGAUCCGGGGAGAUUUAUAUCACUGGAAAUCGCGGACGCGACCACCAAUUGUGGAUUUUCAAAGGGUACCUGACUAUAUGUAUACCGUACAUAGUGCAUUAUGGAUUGCCCAGAGCUAGCCUGUACGGUCGCUAUAGAGAAGCUAGAUACCAGUGGAGAAGUCACCAAGCGAACCCUGUGCAGGAAUGGAUCCCUAAUCUUAGGAAGGAAUGAGUUCAGGGACGUUCUACUCAAGGUUUUUACAGGCAAGACAUCAUCGACGCUGUCGAUGCAGGACGUGGUCGUCCAUCGUCGUUUUGCCAGUGAUGGCAAGGCCUGCAUCAGACUGCCUAAGAAGAGCCUUCAAGUCAUGAUCUCCAACUGCCCACCGCACCAGCUCAAGACAUUCCUCAAGAGUUUGGCCGUCAAGAUGGAGUGCAGGAAAUCAGAGAAGGUAGUGAGUGACAGAGCCCGUCUGCUGUCAGAGCUACCCCAGCAGUUUGACGAGAUCAGCCCCAUGAACCAGGGUGACGUGGAUACCAUCAACAACCAGAGAGCCAAGCUAGCCGAGGCCAAAGGCACAUCCACCACCCCUGCAGCUCAGGCUAGGAAGAGAGGGAGGAAGGGGGUUGGUAAUCCAGCUGAGCGGGAACAGGUACCUCGCAAGAAACUUCAACUGAACACAUUGAGGAAGACGCCGCCUCUAUCCAACGAACAGAAGAGGGUCCUGAAUGCGGUCCUGUCUGGGAAGAGUAUAUUCUUCACGGGGAGCGCGGGUACGGGGAAGUCCUUCCUGCUCAGGCACAUCAUCAACGCCCUCCCUCCGGACUCUACCUUUGCCACCGCCAGCACGGGGGUGGCAGCUUGCCACAUCGGAGGGACGACGCUGCACCAGUUUGCAGGUAUAGGAUCCGGCACAGGAGAGCUCCCGCAGCUCAUUGAGCUUGCAUCAAGGCCAAUGAAAAGACAACAAUGGCGGAAGUGCAAGCAUCUGAUCGUGGAUGAGAUCUCCAUGAUCGAUGGGAAUUUCUUCACUAAAUUAGAGGCUGUAGCGAGAGUGAUCAAGCGUUGUGACGAGCCGUUCGGUGGGAUCCAGCUGAUUCUCUGUGGGGAUUUCUUGCAGCUACCACCGGUUGUUAAAAAGGGAGAGAGACAGAAGUUCUGCUUCCAGUCACCUGCUUGGCACAGCUGUAUCCAGAUAAACUUUGAACUCAUGGAAGUGAAGCGGCAGAAGGAUCCAACAUUCAUCAACAUCUUACAGAAGAUCAGGGUAGGACGUUGCCCUGCUGAAGUUAGCGACUAUUUAACGGCUACGGCCAAGCACUGUGUGGAUAAAGAAGGCAUCCACGCUACCAGAUUAUGCACACACAAAGAGGAUGUCGAUCAGCUCAACAAUGUCCACCUCAACAAACUCAAAGGUGAUGUGAGGGUGUUUGAAGCAAUGGAUAGUGACCCUUCACUCGUCAAACAGAUGAACAACCAAUGCCCGGUCAGACAAAGAAUAGACCUCAAGAUAGGUGCACAGGUUAUGCUUGCCAAGAAUCUUGAUGUACAUAGAGGUCUAGUCAAUGGAGCUAGAGGUGUGGUCACAGGUUUUGAAUCAGGAAUGCAAGGAAACCCAAAGGUCCGUUUCAUGUCUGGUCUGGAGGAGGUGAUACGACCAGAACGUUGGUCCAUUGUCGUCGGUCCCUCCCUCAUCCUCACCAGGAGACAGCUGCCUCUCAAACUUGCCUGGGCCAUCUCAAUCCAUAAGAGUCAGGGCAUGUCACUCGACUGUGUGGAAAUCUCCCUCUCCCGUGUCUUUGAGUGCGGACAGGCGUAUGUCGCCCUCUCUAGGGCCACCAGCUUGCAGGGCCUCCGGGUCCUUGACUUCGACGGAAGCUGCGUCCGGGCGCACCCAGACGUGAUCCGAUUCUAUGUCCAGCUGCGGAAAGAACAGAGGCACCUGCAGCAGACUUCUAUCCGACGCUAUGGAACUGAGGACAAGGAAAACUGUGCAAUUAACUAUUGAAGCCAUGACAGUGUGCCUGCAUGUAUGGCUCAGUUCUAUACCUCCAACUUAGCUACAAAGACACAGUAGAUUUUGUCUGGUGCUAUCAUAGAGAAGACAAAUAAAAACUAAAGCUUAUCAUUGAAGCCAAGACUUGCUCCUGUAAUAGUCAGUGUGCCUGCAUAUGUAGCUCAGUUCUCCAGCUUCAACUACAAAGACACAGGAGAUUUUCCAUCUGGUACUAUCAUAGUGAGGACAAAUGAAAACUGCAACUAUUUAUUGAAGCCAUGACUUGCUGCUCAUCUUUGUUUAUAAUCAUCAGGGCACAUCAGGAAGUGAAACAGUUCCGUCUCCAGCUGCGGAAAGAACAGAGACACAGACUUCUAUCUGAUGCUAUAUGGGAA